AUGGGCAUCCCUGAUGAUGAGAUUUUGAAUGUUGCUCCUCUCUCUGUUAUUCCCGGUGCGGACAUUGAUUUGAACCAACCCAUCUCCAUUGAUGCCUUAGCUUCUGCAUGCUCCAAUCAAGGUAACCCCUCUUGUAUUCCUUCUGGUUCAACUCCUGUCACUAACUCUAAGGAAGAUACACACUACAUUGAUCGUGUUAUAAGAGACCUAGUCACUAGAAUUCUUAAUGAAGGCCACUCUGUGAAGGGAGUUUCUACUCCCCUUUCUCAAAUGUACCCCUCUCCUGAGGUUGAACAACAUAGUGAUAAGGAUGACGAUCCCUCCAGUUCUGACAAGGACUUGGCUGCUGAAAGGUUGUGCUCUCUAGGGCAGACCACGUCUGAAAAAGGGAAAUAUGUGGCUUCUCACACUGCUAAUGCUUCCCACUCUGAGAAGCAUGAUGAUGCAAAUGUUGUGAUUGAUCUAGAGGAUGGUAGCUCUGAUGAUCAAGAGGAAAUCUUGAUUCAUCGCAUGAAGCCAAGUGUGGCUAAACGCAUGAAGACUCGCAAAGGAAAAUCUGUGGCUGAACUUAUGUCAGCUAGAAAAGCCAAGAAGACUGCUGGUAUUGGUCCCUCCAAACCAUGGAGCAAGGUUGAAGUAAAGAAGAGGAAGGUCAGAGAUGAUUCUGAGCCUGAAGAGGAUGUUGAGGAAGAUGUCCCUGACAUCUCGCCUGUGAAGAAAACCAUUGUUAGGAAGUCUCCUGUCCCUGUUGUUCAUUUGGAUAACAUCUCCUUCCAUCUUGAGGAUGGAGCUGCUAAGUGGAAAUUUGUGAUUCAAAGAAGGGUAGCUGUGGAAAGGGAGUUGGGAAAAGAUGUCGAUGAUGUCAAGGAGGUCAUGAACCUGAUAAAAGUUGUUGGGUUGUUAAAAACUGUUGUUGGGUUCUCUUCAUGCUAUGAAGGUUUAGUUAAGGAAUUUAUUGUUAACAUUCCUGAGGAUAUUGCUGAUAAGAACAGCAAGGAGUUCUGCAAGGUGUAUGUGAGGGGUAAGUGUAUAACAUUCUCUCCUACUGUUAGUAAUAAUUUUCUAGGCAGAAAAAUUGAGGGUGCAGGAGAAUUAGAAGUUACAGACAAUCAAGUUUGUAGGGAGAUUACAGCUAGGCAGGUGAAAGUUUGGCCUGUUAAAAAGCAUCUUCCAGUUGGGAAGUUGACUGUCAAGUAUGCUAUCCUGCAUAAAAUAGGAGCUGCCAACUGGGUCCCUACCAACCAUAUCUCCAACAUUGCUAAUACUCUUGGGAGUAGAAGAAAACCUGCUCUGUCUGUACACUACAAACUGUUUGAAGGAAGUCAUGUCGAGGAUAUUGUCCUGACAUCUGCCAUGAAGAGGCCAGCCUCAAAAGUUGGAGUUAUUGUUGAGCUUAAGGAGACAUGCGAAGAGCUAGGUAAAGGGAUAAGGAUAGCCACGACUAGAAAACAAUCGUUGGAAUCCUUGAUUGCAAGCUUGGAGCAAGCUGAGGGUGAAAAUAUUGAUCAUGCUAAUGUCAGCCAUGAAGAAGAAGCUGAAGCCCACACCUCUAGUGUGAGGUCUUCUAACCAUGAUGAUACAAGGGGCAAUUAUGUUUCUGGUGCUGAUGAAGCUGCAAGCUAA